AUGAUAACACCGUAUUUGCAAAAACAAAACACCAGAAUGAGAAAUUGCAUUACAGCCGAAGAGCGCCUUACAGUAACAUUGCGAUUUUUAGCUACGGGUAGAAGUUAUGAGUGUCUAAAAUUUAGCUAUGGUAUAUCUCCGCAAAGCUUGGGUCGUAUCAUCCUUCCGGGACUAAGACGACCACAAAAUGAUUACAAACGUGCGCUCAAUCACGCCGGACAAAUAAACAGGCACUAA